CUGCAGAAGUACUAAUGGACUCAACCACAGCAACAGCAGAACUGGGCUGGACCAUCUACCCAACACAGGGGUGGGAAGAAGUGAGUGGCUAUGAUGAAAACAUGAACACUAUUCGAACAUACCAAGUGUGCAACGUCUUCGAUAGCAGCCAGAACAACUGGGUCCGCACCAAGUACAUCCGGCGCCGCGGGGCUCAGCGCAUCCACGUCCAGAUGAAGUUCUCAGUGCGAGACUGCAGUUCUAUACCCAACGUCCCUGGCUCCUGCAAGGAAACCUUCAAUCUGUACUACUAUGAGUCGGACUCUGACACAGCCACUAAAUCGUCCCCCCCCUGGAUGGAGAACCCCUGGGUGAAGGUGGACACUAUAGCAGCCGAUGAGAGUUUCUCUCAGGUGGAUCUUGGUGGACGAAUCAUGAAGAUUAACAGUGAAGUCCGGAGUUUUGGACCUGUAUCGCGCAGUGGCUUCUACCUUGCUUUUCAGGAUUACGGUGCAUGCAUGUCAAUCAUCGCUGUUCGAGUCUUCUACAGGAAAUGUCCCGGUGUGACCCAGAAUGGUGCUAUCUUCCCGGAAACUCUUUCUGGAGCAGAGAGCACGUCUCUGGUGGCGGCCAGAGGGGUGUGUGUUCCCAACGGGGAGGAGGUGGAUGUUCCCAUCAAGCUGUACUGCAACGGGGAGGGGGAGUGGAUGGUCCCCAUCGGGCACUGCAUGUGCAAGGCCGGGUACGAGUCAGUGGAGAAUGGAACGGUCUGCAGAGGUAAGACACCACGGGGUCUAGACUAG